ACCUCCUGCCGUGCUAGUGUUUAAUUAACAAAAUAAAAGUUUUUAAAAAUCUAAAUACAGAAAAUAAAAUAUAAAAAUUAAAAGUGUUUAAACAAAGUUCGCUACUUCAAGGUUAUUUAAAAUCUACAAAGAAAAAAAAAAUAUUUUUCGUAUUGUGCAUUAAAAAUUUUAUAAAAAUACUAAAUAUAGAAAGAAUAAUAGUGUGAUAAAAAAAUAAAAACCUUAAAGAAUUCCGAUAGAAACCUGUACAAAUAUGAGCUCAUUUCUAAUGGGUUAUCAUCCACAUGCUCCCCAUCAUGUACAAAGUUCCAUGGGCAUGAACAAUGGUCUGGAUCCUAAAUUUCCACCAGUUGCAGAUGAUUACCAUCAGUAUAACAGCCACUAUUCGAUGACUGCAUCGACGGGUCACAUGGUACCAGGUGGAGGUACUGGCGCUGGUGGAAUGCCCUCGCAUCCUCAUGCCACUCAUCCCGCGGAUAUGGUUAGUGAUUAUAUGGCAGCGGCAGCUCAUCAUCAUUCCGCCACCAGUCAUCAUCACCCGCACGCCCAUUCGCAUACGAAUAGUGCAUUGUCGGGUCACCAUCAAACGUCCAGUUAUACCAAUUAUGCCUCAACUACACCUACCCAUCAUCAUCACCAUGCCCACCAUCAAAAUCUCGGUUAUUAUAAUCAUCAUGCCGCUGCAGCGGCAGCAGCAGCUGCCGUCCAUCAUACACCGGAUUAUUUAUCGACUGGUGCAACUUUACACAACGAUCCGUCGGUAACCUCACUUGGUACAAACAAUACUUAUGCUCCAGCUCUAACAUCCCCCAAUAGUAGUGGCAACCCUAUUGCCACCAAUGGAUAUUACGGUGGUUAUUACGGUACAAAUGGCAGUGUGGGUAGCACGCACUCUCAGGGUCAACCACCACAUUCCCAAAUGAUGGAUAUGCCACUGCAGUGUUCCUCCACAGAACCACCAACGAACACUGCUUUGGGAUUGCAAGAGUUAGGCUUAAAAUUAGAAAAACGUAUUGAAGAAGCUGUACCUGCGGGGCAACAAUUACAAGAACUAGGCAUGAGACUGCGAUGUGAUGAUGAAGGCUCCGAAAAUGAUGACAUGUUAGAAGAAGAUCGUCUAAUGUUAGACCGAUCGCCCGACGAAUUGGGAUCAAAUGGAUUAGAUGAUGAUCUUCUGGAUUCGGAUACCGAUGAUGACUUGAUGGCGGAAACAACUGAUGGCGAAAGAAUUAUAUAUCCCUGGAUGAAGAAAAUACAUGUAGCUGGUGUUGCAAAUGGUUCAUAUCAGCCAGGCAUGGAACCAAAAAGACAACGUACCGCCUACACACGACAUCAAAUAUUGGAAUUGGAAAAAGAAUUUCAUUAUAAUCGUUAUUUAACCCGCAGACGACGUAUUGAAAUUGCCCACACAUUAGUGUUGUCAGAGAGACAAAUUAAAAUUUGGUUCCAAAAUCGACGUAUGAAAUGGAAGAAAGACAAUAAAUUACCAAAUACAAAGAAUGUACGCAAAAAGACCGACGCAAAUGGUAAUCCAAUAACACCAGUGGCCAAAAAACCUAAAAGAGUCAGUGCUAAGAAGCAAGCGCAACAGCAGCAACAACAACAGCAGCAGCAACAACAAUCGCAGCAGCCUGUGAUAAAUGAGUGUAUGCGCUCAGAUAGUUUAGAAAGUAUGGGUGAUGUAAGUUCAUCAUUAAAUAAUCCACCAUAUAUACCAGCAGCGGGUGAUGCUGCAAGUUUAAUGAACCCACAACAAAUGCCCUGUAGUACGUACAAUAAUGGAUCUCAAUCAACGGCAGCACAAAAUUCCCAUGUUAAUGUUAAUACCAGCAGCGGCAACACCAACAGUAAUAACAACAGCAUGAAUGGUAACAAUCCAAAUAGUAACAAUAAUAACAACAAUAAUAGUAUACAUCUCAACAACAAUAAUAGCAAUAAUACAAAUCAAAUGCAAUCAAAUCUACAUUCGCAGCAACAUCAACAAGGGCAUGUGCAACAUACACAAGAUCUAAUGGCAAACUUGCAACAACAUAUAAAACAAGAUUAUGAUCUGACCACACUUUAGAAUUAAAUAAAUUUUAAUCGAUUUAAAUUUUAUUUCAUUGAAUUUAUAAUUUAGUAAAAAAUAGUUCAGUUUGUCCUCAAUUGUGUUUUUGUAAAUGUAUUUC